AUGUCACAUCACCUCCAACAACUGGGAGGACUAAACCGACACAACUGGGAGGACACUGCACUAAACCCACACAACUGGGAGGACACUGCACUAAACCCACACAACUGGGAGGACACUGCACUAAACCCACACAACUGGGAGGACACUGCACUAAACCCACACAACUGGGAGGACACUGCACUAAACCCACACAACUGGGAGGACACUGCACUAAACCCACACAACUGGGAGGACACUACACUAAACCCACACAACUGGGAGGACACUGCACUAAACCCACACAACUGGGAGGACACUGCACUAAACUCACACAACUGGGAGGACACUGCACUAAACCCACACAACUGGGAGGACACUGCACUAAACCCACACAACUGGGAGGACACUGCACUAAACCCACACAACUGGGAGGACACUGCACUAAACAGACAACUGGGAGGACACUGCACUAAACCCACACAAACUGGGAGGACACUGCACUAA